AUGACAAGAUAUAGAGCAUAUAACGUCAACGGCUGUUCUAGUGUCAUCCAGAAUGCCAGGCGGACUAGUGACGGCACAGCUACCGGGCCCAGGGUUCUACGUUCAACACCAGAUUGGAGUGAGGCAGCUGUUAGUGGUGAGCACCUGUGGCAACCGACCUCAGUGUCUGGGGACUGUUGUUAUGUUGGCGAUUCUGAGUGUCAGAAACAUGGAGCUCGCAUGAAGUGUUCCGCGUGUAAGAUUGUGGCGCACACAGCCUGCAUCGAUAUUCUAAUAGACCGUGUGCAAUUUACUUGCAAACCGACGUUUAGAGAUGUGGGCGUGCGACAAUACAGGGAGCAGACAAUUACGCAUCACCACUGGGUCCACAGACGCUCCGAAAAAGGAAAAUGCAAGGCUUGCGGCAAGUCAUUUCGGCGUGGCUGCUGUGGGUGGUGCGUUUCCUCAAAUAAAACGUCAGAAAAGCCGAUAGAAAACACUGAACUAGGAGACGCUUCGCUGCAAGCGAAAAUAUCCUUUAGUUCCAAAGAAAUUGUCGCUUUGAGUUGUUCGUGGUGUAAAGAUGCAUACCAUAAUAAAGAGAGUUGUUUUAACCUCCAGAGAAUAGGAGAGGAAUGUUCGUUAGGUACACAAUCUAUUAUUAUAGUGCCGCCGUCAUGGAUUGUAAAACUCCCCCGUCGGGGAAGCUUCAAAUCGUCACUACGGAAAUCGCCGAAAAAGAAAAGCGCGGGAAAGAAAAAGGGAAAAGACUCUAAGGUUGAACAAAGACCAUUCGUAAUAAAGCCAAUACCGACGUCAAAUGUGAAACCUGUUCUCGUAUUUAUUAACCCCAAAAGUGGCGGCAAUCAAGGUGUCAAGUUAUUACAGAAAUUCCAAUGGCUUUUAAACCCGCGCCAAGUUUUUGAUCUCACUCAAGGAGGACCGGGGCCUGGACUAGAGAUGUUUCGUAAAGUGCCAAAUCUGCGUGUGCUGGCAUGUGGCGGAGACGGCACUGUGGGGUGGGUUCUAAGUGUUUUGGACAGGAUUGGUGCACGGCCAGCUGUGGGUGUCCUUCCACUUGGGACUGGAAAUGAUCUCGCAAGAGCUUUGGGCUGGGGCGGGGGCUAUGAGGAUGAACCAAUAUCAAAAAUCCUCGCACACAUCGGCGAAAGCGACACAGUACUACUGGACCGCUGGCAGUUAACAGUAGAGCCUAACACAGCAGCGACAGGCGAAGACACCAGUAACGCGAAAGCGGAUUUACCGCUGAAUGUCGUUAACAAUUAUUUCUCUUUUGGUGUCGAUGCCCACAUCGCUCUCGAGUUUCACGAGGCCAGAGAGGCGCAUCCUGAAAAGUUUAACUCACGCAUCCGGAAUAAGCUCUUUUACGGAACGGCUGGCGGGAAAGAUCUCAUGCAAAGGAAAUGGAAAGAUUUAGCCGAUUUCGUUACUUUGGAAUGCGACGGGAAGGAUCUUACGCCGGUUUUGAGGGAGCAUAAAGUGCAUGCGAUCGUAUUCUUAAACAUUCCAAGUUACGGAGGUGGUACGCAUCCGUGGAACAAAUCCCAGGGAGCAUCAGAACCCUCGACUGAAGAUGGAUUAAUAGAAGUUGUUGGAUUGACUACGUAUCAAUUGCCGUUGUUGCAAGCUGGCGGCCACGGUACAUGCAUCACUCAGUGCAAGACGGCAAAAAUAGUUACCACCAAAGUGAUACCCAUGCAAGUUGACGGCGAGGCUUGCAGACUUGCACCAUCUGUGAUCACAUUGUCGAUACUGAACCAGGCGAUUAUGCUCGCCAAGAAGAAACCGGGACGGGUUCUGGCACCCCUUACGACGCUUGAUAAGCUCAACUUUACCGUGAAUAUAAUUACAAUGGCCGACUAUGAACGUCACCACUACGACAAGGAACUUCUGGCUAAAGCAGCGGAAAGGAUCGGUACCUUAGAAGUGAACCCAGCAACGGAUCUAGAGCAGACACGAAAUCUCGUUCAUAACCUGAUCAAAGAAUCUCAAGCCUACUCGAAUAUCUUGGAUUGGUGGUUUGUGGAUUCGGUAACCGCGGAACGAUUUUUCCGUAUCGACAAAGCUCAAGAGAAUCUCCACUAUCCAAUGGACAUCGGUCACGACAACCUCUACAUACUGGACGCGGCGCCACUCACACCGGACACCGACACAACUGCUAACCCAGAAACCACAGCGAGUGCUUCACUGGACCGCACUAGGCCUUCGGUGUCACUGGAGACCACUACUGGGCUGUCGGUAUCGCUCGACAUAUCGCAGAGUGUUGAUACACCGAGUGCUGCUGUUUCGUUAGACGUACCUGAUUCCCACGGAAGCCCAGCGCGGUCGUCAGAUGACGUAACGACGCCACAGACGCCCCCCUCAGCGGCCACUACAGCCACGCCCACCUCCAAGUCAUCUCUAUCGCCAAAGCUCACAGUGCCCAAGCCAAAGACAUCGCAAGACUCCAACUCGCCACCUCUAUGCGGCAGUCCCACGGCCAAAGACAACGAACCGUCACCGGAGUCUAUAGCUCGGUUCAAAACAAAUCUAUUGGAAAAAACAUCGGACUCACUACUCAAAGCCGCGAAAGUCGGGGACUUAAAAAUGAUAAAGGAGCUGCAUGCAGCGGGCUAUUCUCUACUGUCUAUUGAUGCGAGCGGUCAGACUGCGUUGCACAUCGCCGCUCGAUAUGGCAAUAAAGAGAUUGUUAAAUAUUUGAUAGCGUGCGCUCCAACAGCUAUAUUGAAUAUGAGUGAUAACGAGAAAGGGCAAACGGCGCUUCAUAAGGCGGCAGCGUAUAAGCGACGAGCGAUAUGUUGUAUGUUGGUGGCCGGAGGAGCGUCUCUCACCCGACAGGACCACGCGUGUUUAACGCCGAGACAAAUCGCUCUACGCGCUGAUGAUCACGACCUGGCAGCGUAUUUAGAAAGUCAAGAGCAUUUCCAGUUAGUGUCAGAAGAUUUGGAGACAACAGUGUGA